AUGGGGCAUAAGAAGCGAAAUCUCGCUCCACGCUCCAAACCCGCGCCGCCACCGUCCACUGCAAUGGUCGCCGUCGACAGUAGUGCAACGUUUUCGGAUAAUAUACUAAAUCCCACCACAAAUAAAGUUGAAAAAACUGAGGCCCUAGAUUCGGAAAGCAAGAAUGAUGCAAACCCUUCAUCGUCUAGUACAAUCAAGUUCGAGUGUGAGAAGGCCCUCACGACACUGCGGCGGGGGAACCAUACCAAAGCCCUAAGGUUGAUGAAGGAUUUAUGCUCGAAACACGAGAAUUCCCCCCACUGGGCUUUGAUUCACCGUGUUCAGGGGACUGUUUGUGUGAAGGUGGCCUCGAUUAUUGACGACCCGAAUGCUAAACAGCGGCAUUUGAAGAAUGCAAUUGAGAGUGCGAGGAAAGCCAUGACCUUGUCCCCUAAUUCUAUUGAGUUUGCACAUUUUUAUGCAAAUUUGUUAUAUGAGGCGGCAAAUGAGGGGAAGGAGUACGAGGAGGUGGUGCAAGAGUGUGAGAGGGCAUUGGCAAUUGAGAAACCUGUGGACCCUGCCAAGGAGAGCCUGCAAGAGGAGAGCCAGCAGAAGAUCUCCACAUCAGAGGCUCGAGUUGCCCACGUGCAAAGUGAGCUUAGAUCUUUAAUUCAGAAGUCGAACAUUGCAUCCAUUUCAACGUGGAUGAAGAAUUUAGGCAAUGGGGAGGAGAAAUUUCGUUUGAUUCCAAUAAGGAGGGCCGCGGAGGACCCAAUGGAAUUGAGAUUGGUGCAGGCAAGAAGGCCAAAUGAGAUUAAGAAGGCAACUAAGACUCCUGAGGAACGUCGGAAGGAGAUUGAGGUGAAAGUGGCCGCAGCUCGGCUUUUACAGCAGAAGUCCGAGUCUCCCCAGUUGGAAAAUGGGGAAAAUAGUAGCAAGUUGUUGGAUUCUGGUUUUGGGUUGGGACAGAGAGUGGCAGAAAGAAGGAAAAGUGGGAAUGUGAGGAAAAAUGCUUCUUCGGCUGAGAGAAGGGACUGGGUCCAGUCAUAUUGGAACUCCAUGAGUUUGAAGGGGAAGAAAGAUUUGCUUAGAGUUAGAAUAUCUAAUCUCAAAGCUCAUUUUAGUUUGUCAAAGGACUUGUCUGCAAGUGAAGUGCUUAAUGAAGCUUUAUCUUUUGGUGAAUCAAACAAAGUGUGGAAAUUUUGGAAGUGCUUUCGCUGCAAUGAGAAAUUUGCCAAUGCAGAUUUGUACAUGCAGCAUGUUGUGCAGGAGCAUAUGGGGAGUUUGAUACCCGAAAUGCAGUCGAUUUUACCCCAAGGUGUUGAGAAUGAGUGGGCUGAGAUGCUUCUUAACUGUUCUUGGAAACCAUUGGAUUUAACUGCUGCAAUUAGGAUGCUCGAAAAACAAUCAAAAUCUGAGGCACCUGAUUUUCUGGAUGACUCGUACCCAAGAAAUGACUUGGAAGAUUCCAAAGUUUUUGUCGAUUCUUACUGCAGUGAGAAUGAAUGGGAGUCAUCGAUUGGAAAGAAGAAAUUGGGUGAUAAUUGCAAUGUUAGUACCCAAGAGAGCAGAGAAUUUGAAGAGGUUGAGUGGAUGGAUUGUGAUGGCGAUCAAGGCAGUAAAGAAAGUCUCAUUAAUAAAAACUGGCCUUCUUCUGAUGAUCCUGAGCGUGCAAAGCUUCUUGAAAAAAUCCAUUCCAUAUUUCAGGCUCUUAUCAAACAGAAGUAUCUUGCUUCAAGUCAUCUUAGCAAGGUUAUACACUUUGCAGUGGAGGAGCUUCAGGGUGUCUUUGGUUCUCAACUUCUUAAAUCCAAUGUGGACCAAACACCUCUGUGCAUCUGCUUUUUAGGUGCUUCAGAGCUCAGGAAAAUAUUGAAAUUUUUGCAGGAAAUUUCUCAUUCUUGCGGACUAGGUAGAUAUUCUGAUAGAAAUAACCCCACACGUGAUUUAAGCAGUGGCAUGCAGGAUGUUGACAAUGUGGAGAAGUUAAUUAUUAGUCCAGAUGCUUCUUUUUUGGUGCUUGACGAGCGUUUUCUUCCCUGCAAGCUCCCUCCCUCAUCUUGUGAUGAUGCUGGUACUAAUGAUUCCAGUACAGCAACUGCAUCAUGUGUCAGCUUUGAGAAUGGCGUCGUACUCGAUUCAGAUGCAUUACUAUCCUGGAUAUUUACAGGUCCCUCGAGUGGGGAACAAUUGGCAUCCUGGAAGCGUGCAAGAGAAGAGAAAGAACAGCAAGGCUGUGGAGCAUCUCUGUUUGGAAGAGGGCAAGAAAAGAGAUCAUGUUAUGGAUUUCGUUCGCCAAAGUUUGAGUUGGACGCAAUCACAAAUGUUUUAAAGGAUGCUGAAUCCUUGAAUGUCAACCAGUUUGGCUUUGAGGAAACUUAUACUGGUGUGACAUCUCAUCUUUGUGACCUAGAAUCUGGUGAAGAUGAUGGCUGGAGAACAAAAGACUAUUUGCAUCAGGUGGACUCUUGCAUAGAAGUUGCAAUACAGAGACAGAAAGAACAAGUUUCUAUAGAGCUCAGUAAAAUUGAUGCAAGAAUCAUGCGAAUUCUAGCCGGGAUGCAGCAGUUCGAACUUAAGCUUGUGCCUGCAGCUGCCAAUGAUUUUCAAUCAAUCUUGGUGCCUCUAGUGAAAUCAUUUUUACGGGCAAUAUUGGAGGAUAUAGCAGAGAAAGAUGCCACAGAGAAAUCUGAUGCUGCCAGAGAAGCAUUUUUAGCAGAACUUGCUCUAGAUUUUAAGAAGGGUGUUGGUGGAGGUGAGAAUCUAAAACACGUGCACGAGAAGACGAAGGAUAAGAAAAAGAACAAGGAUAAUCGGAAAAGCAAGGAUUCAAAGGUCACCGGUUGUAGUGAGCUGAAUAUGCUUCGUGAUCAGACAUCUGAAGAUAUAUCACUUCCAAAUGCUCAUGAUGGAGAUUAUCCAAAUGCCGAAAUUGCUGUAGCAGCGAGCGAUGAUACUUUGAGACUACAGGAAGAGGAAUACAGACUCAUUAUUGAACUAGAAGCUGAGGAAAGAAAGCUCAAAGAAACUCUGGAAUAUCAAAGACGUAUUGAAAACGAAGCAAAGCAGAAGCAUAUUGAGGAACAACAUAAAAAGGUAUCCAGAACAAUUCCAGAGAAGAUGGAAGCAGUUGCCAUACCUAAUACUGACUUGAGGCACAACUAUGAUGUCCAAGAUGCUAAUGAACAAUGGACAAAUGUGAAGGAAACCUCAAAACAUAAGGAUGAAUUUACAACCAUUCCGGAAGGUCUGCUGAAGAACACUGCCAAUGGGGCUGCACAGAGAACUGUCUUAGACAAUGGAGGAAUUCCAAAAGAUGGUGGUUUACCUUCUGACCGAAGCUCACGAAGGAGAGGUAGACGGCUAAAGACUCCGACUAAAUUAAGUGAUGGAAAGUAUCAACCAGUCUCUUCAGAAAAGGAAAAUACUGAAAUUGGUCAACUAAGAUCUACUCGCACAGUCCCUGAAGAAAGUGAUAAUGGAUCAAAGACAUUGAGACAGCUACAGGCGGAGGAUGAUGAUGAAGAGAGGUUCCAAGCUGACCUUAAGAAAGCUGUACGGCAAAGUCUUGACACGUUCCAUGCACAUCGAAAACUGCCUUUGACAUCGGGUUCACCAAUGCCACAAAACAUGCUCCCAGAAAUUAGUUAUUCAGGUGUUUCAUCUAUUGAAGUGCCGAUUGAUGGUAUCAAUGAGACAGAUGGAUACGGCACAGGGCUAAAAAACGAAGUUGGUGAAUAUAAUUGCUUUCUCAAUGUCAUAAUACAGUCCUUGUGGCAUUUAAGACGUUUUCGAAAUGAUUUUUUGAGGAGAUCAUCGUCAGAGCAUGUUCAUGUUGGUGAUCCUUGUGUCAUAUGUGCUUUGUACGAUAUCUUCAUUGCACUAAGCAAGGCUUCCGUUGAUACAUGUAGAGAAGCUGUUGCGCCUACUUCAUUAAGAGUUGCUCUAAGCAAUCUGUAUCCUGAAAGCAAUUUCUUCCAGGAGGGUCAGAUGAAUGAUGCUUCUGAAGUGCUGGGUGUUGUGUUUGAUUGUCUGCAUCAAUCAUUUACUCCUGCACCUUCUGUGUCUGAUACUGAAUCGGUAGAUAGCAACUGUAUGGGCUCCUGGGAUUGCACAAAUGGAUCUUGUGUUGCACACUCUCUUUUCGGAAUGGACAUAUUAGAAAGAAUGAAUUGUUACAACUGUGGUUUGGAGUCCAGAUAUUUGAAGUACACGUCCUUUUUUCACAAUAUUAAUGCCAGUGCUCUUAGAACAAUGAAGGUUAUGUGCCCAGAAAGCUCCUUCGAUGAGCUUUUAAACUUUGUUGAGAUGAAUCACCAGUUAGCUUGUGAUCCAGAGGAUGGUGGCUGUGGGAAGCUAAACUAUAUUCACCAUAUUCUCUCAACGCCUCCCCAUAUUUUCAUAAUAGUUCUGGGUUGGCAGAAAACUUGUGAGAGUGUAGAAGACAUAACAGCAACAUUAGCAGCCUUGUCAACUGAGAUUGAUAUAAGUGUCCUUUAUCGGGGUCUUGAUCCAAAAAAUAAACAUUGCUUGGUUUCAGUGGUUUGCUACUAUGGGCAGCACUAUCAUUGUUUUGCCUACAGUCGCGAUCAUGAACAGUGGAUAAUGUAUGAUGACAAAACUGUGAAGGUAAUUGGUGGCUGGAACGACGUUCUUACAAUGUGUGAAAAAGGCCAUCUGCAACCCCAGUGGCACUGGCGAUUUCUGGUCGUGCAAGUUUUGAGCUGA